GAAGGAAGGAGGGAGGGAGGGAGGGAAAAAAAGGCUCUGCUGUCGCUACCAGCCUCCUCCUCCUCGCCCAGCGUCGCGGCCCAGUAGGAGGGACCCACAGGAACCAGCCGGGGCCCAUUCCUGGGUAGGGGGAGGCUCACUGCCACAGCCCGGCCCAACCAUGGCCACCAAGGCUCGGGUUAUGUAUGACUUUGCUGCUGAACCUGGAAACAAUGAGUUAACAGUUAAUGAAGGAGAAAUCAUCACAAUUACCAAUCCGGAUGUUGGUGGAGGCUGGCUAGAAGGGAAAAACAGCCAAGGAGAACGAGGACUAGUUCCAUCAGAUUAUGUUGAAAUUCUACGUGAAGGUGCCAAAGAUGGAAUAUCAGUAGCUGACCAAGCCUUUUUUGACUGUCUAUCCUCAACUACUGCACAAAUUAACACUCAGGUUGCGAAAAGCAGUGGCCAAGUGGAUUCUCUGACAUUUACUGCUCAUACAGAUAUUCUGGAAAUCUUUACUCAGUCCCCACCUUCAUCUCCUUCUGCUGGAAAGGCCAGCAGUGCAAAUGACCCCUGGACAAGUUGGGACAAUGCAACAACUGGGGAUGGCUGGGCAGCGAGACAGGAAACGAGGCAAAAAAACAGCUCUUCUAACAAUUGGGAUCCAGCAACGUUUGGUCAUCCACAGGCUUAUCAAGGACCAGCUGCUGCUGACGACGAUGACUGGGAUGAUGAUUGGGAUGACCCCAAAUCUACGCCUGCUUCCUACCUUGAAUAUAAAGACCCAGAGACUUCAGACCCAGCAGGGCUUCAGCGUGGGAAUAGCCGUGGAGCUGCGAUGAAAAUACCACUUAACAAAUUUCCUGGAUUUGCAAAACCUGGAGUGGAACAGUAUCUGUUGGCAAAACCGCUAGUAAAACCCAAAGAGAAAAUCCCUGUAAUUAUUGGAGAUUAUGGUCCAAUGUGGAUUUAUCCUACCUCAACGUUUGACUGUGUUGUGGCCGAUCCAAAAAAAGGUUCUAAAAUGUAUGGUCUGAAGAGCUACAUAGAGUAUCAACUUACAUGUACAAACACUAAUCGAUCUGUCAACCACAGAUAUAAACACUUUGACUGGCUAUAUGAGCGUCUUUUGAUUAAGUUUGGAUCAGCCAUUCCAAUUCCCUCUCUUCCAGACAAACAAGUUACAGGGCGUUUUGAGGAGGAAUUCAUUAAAAUGAGGAUGGAGAGGCUACAAGCUUGGAUGACCAGAAUGUGUCGCCAUCCAGUUAUUUCUGAAAGUGAAGUUUUUCAACAGUUCCUUAAUUUCCGUGAUGAAAAGGAAUGGAAAACAGGUAAAAGGAAAGCAGAGAAAGAUGAGAUUGUUGGUGUUAUGGUCUUUUCUGCUAUGGAACCAGAAGCUCCUGACUUGGAUAUGAUAGAAAUUGAACAGAAAUGUGAUGCAGUUGGCAGGUUCACAAAAGCCAUGGAUGAUGGCGUCAAGGAAUUGCUGACGGUUGGAAAUGAACACUGGAAGCGUUGUACAGGGCCAUUGCCCAAGGAAUAUCAGAAAAUAGGAAAAGCUUUACAGAAUUUAGCUCUGGUCUUCAGUACCAGUGCUUAUCAAGGAGAAUCUGACCUCAAUGAAGCAAUAACAGAAGCUGGAAAAACAUAUGAAGAAAUUGCCAGUCUUGUGGCAGAACAGCCUAGGAAAGAUCUUCAUUUUCUGAUGGAAACUAACCAUGAAUACAAAGGAUUUCUUGGCUGCUUCCCAGAUAUCAUAGGUGCUCACAAGGGAGCUAUAGAAAAAGUGAAAGAAGCUGAUAAGCUAGUUGCUACCAGUAAAAUUACAUCACAGGACAAGCAAAAUAUGCUGAAGCGUGUAAGCACCAUGUCUUACGCACUGCAAGCUGAGAUGAAUCACUUUCACAGUAACCGGAUUUAUGAUUACAAUAGUGUGAUCCGCUUAUAUCUGGAGCAGCAGGCACAGUUCUAUGAAACGAUUGCAGAAAAGCUGAGGCAGGCCCUCGGUCGCUUUCCAGUAAUGUAGCUGCAGAGAAUAAUAAUAAAGAACAACUCCAAAGUGCUUUUCUGAAGGGAGGGGAGGAAAUGUAAUUUUUAAAAAAAGUGUACUACAUCUUUGCCAUCCAAAAAAACCUUUGUAAAAUACAAGGUGCAAAAAAAAGUGAAAACUUCAGAUGUUUACUUUGCCAGCCUAAAUGCCUUGGAUAUUUAUGUAUAUUUUUAUCUUGAAUGCUUUCCCAAAUUAUCAAUUACAUAAGCAAAACUGGAAUUCCUUAUGUAAUAUGGAUUUAAAUUGUAAAGUGGUUUGUUGCCAAGGGUUACAAAAAGCUUCAUAUUCUCAAAUGCUUCAGAGUCGUUCAUUGACCCCUUAAACAGGUAUCCCUUAAGAAAAAAAGCAAAAUUCAGAAUGAGAGCCUGUAAAUUUUGAUCCCUUUAAAAUCUCAGUAGAAUCUUUGAUUAAAUGUGUGGUUGAAAGCAAAGGUUCAUCUCUUUGGUAUAGCUCGCUGUGGUAUAGUCUCUGUAAUCACACUGCUGCCACAUACUUUCCCCAAGAGUCUUUUCGUAUCCUGUUUUUUUGUAUCACAGACGCCUCAGACUUGAAGGCUAGAUUCUUCUUCACCUAGACAGGAAUGAAAAUAGAGUUUAUCCUUGAGAAAGCCAAGUAUCUAGAAAAUAUUGUUCCAUCUUUUCACAAGCAGACACUGGUGCUACUUCCAAAUGGGAAGCAGACCUGUGCAUUGUGAGGCUUUCUUCUCUUAAUCUUAAACAUGCACUGUAGCAUUUAUUACCUGUCUCAUCACUAUUGGCAUGAUGGAAAAUUCCCAAAUAACUACUUCCUUUUUAUCCUCACAUGAUUGCAUGAUGUGACUGUGAUUUUUGAUUUUGCUUUUAAUCCCAAAACAGCUUAGUCGGUUUUCAGGAGGAAAAUUGAAAACUGUCUUUCAGUUGUUAGACACAAUGUGAGCUUACAUGGCAAAAGUAAAGACCCCUUCCUGUUUCAAAAUAUGACUGUUAUUGAAAUGCUAGAAACUGCACAAGGGUUUAAAAAAACACCGUUUUUUGUAUGUUGACAAUAGGCCAUUGAUAGCCUGAUCUAUAGGAAAUUUGGCUGAACUGAACUAAAGUAGGAGCAUUGCAACAACCAGACCAUAGUGCCAAAUGCAGUGUUCACUUCAAGGAAAGCAAUCAAAAGAAUAUAUUAAUUUACCCAUCAAGCCAUUCUAACUGAUGGGUGCAUUCUGCAAGUUCUGUUAAUUUGUAUGCCAUUGUCAUUUAUAUAUUGUAAUAUUUUUAGAAUAAUAGAGAAUCUGGGUUGUGGAGGUAAUAUAAAGUACCACCCAAAAAACCCUCCAAUAAUCCUGGAAUGAAAACAUCAUAUGCAACAGAAGGGCUUAGUCAUUCUUCAUGGCCACAUUUUAGAUAUCUGUCUACACUUCCUCUUAAUUUAGCUGGUCUUCCAAAAUUCCAUAAAGUGUUAUGAUACAGCCUUUGAAAUAUAUGUACAAAUUGUAAAGAAUGUGUAUAAAUGUUUUCUGCCAAAUGUAAUAAGAUCUAUCUUGCAUGUAGAAGCAAUUUAUAAAAUUGUCGGAAAGUAAAUUGUAAUUUCUAAAGCACUUUUUCACAGCACAUUUUUUCAGCAUUUGUAUAUUAACUUUUUGUGUCAAAAUCUUUGUAACUGGUUUUUCAAGGAUAUCUUUUUACCAAAAUUAGCAUUAAUUUUGAUGCUGUAGAUGUUGCAGCAUUCGCAUCUUUACAAGAUGAACAAUUUGGUAAUAAAAAAGAGAUGCCGUUUCAUUGUGAAAAAGCCGUCUGGGUGGCAGGAUCACUUGAAACAAGCAGAUCUGUAACUUCACAGGAAAUUAAGUUCUUAAAUUGAUAAUAAAUAUUUAUACUUAUGUGCUUUUGUUUCUGAAGGAUCAUACAUUUAUUCUCAGGUAAAAUGUGAUGUUUCAAAUA